CAUCGCCCUUGCCAUUGGAGAGAAUUUUGAGAAGUAUGUACCAUAUGUCAUGCCAAUGCUUCAGGGGGCUGCAGAGCUCUGCGCUAAUUUGGAUGACAACGAUGAAGAAAUGCUUGAAUAUGGAAAUCAAUUGAGACGAGGCAUCUUCGAAGCAUAUUCUGGUAUUCUCCAAGGAUUCAAAACUUCAAAGGCAGAGCUGAUGAUGCCUUUUGCUAAUCAUCUUCUGCAGUUCACAGAAGCUGUAUUCAUAGAGUCAAACAGGGAUGAUGCGGUAACAAAGGCUGCAGUUGCGGUGAUCGGCGAUCUCGCCGAUACGCUUGGUCCCAGCAUCAAAAUCUUGCUUAAAAAUGCUAAUUUCCACGUUAAUUUCUUGGGAGAGUGUUUCAGUUCCGAGGAUGAUCAGUUGAAGGAGACUGCCUUGUGGACACAGGGAAUGAUUGGACGGGUACUGGCUUCUUAAAUAUUCCAUUCUUGCAGUCUGUAUCUUUUGCUAUUUUUAUGAUUUUCCCUUGCUAGGUAAGUUGAGGGUCCCAAUGUCUAUUAGUAUAUAUUAAAUCGUGUAGAAAAUGACGAUCGUGUCUGUGCAGGUGCGACUUGCACCUGUCAUUUCCUUUGCUGGAGUGCACUUGGUCAAUGGCAUCAGUAAGCACUCCUAUGGUUCCUGGCUAUUAUUUUCUUUUCUUUUUUUUGGCUGUUCUCUUUUAGGAAUUUAAUGGAGAUUAUGGUUAUUUUGAACUCCGACAAGGUAUUCUUCCACAGAUUUGUGGUUGC